UUUUUAACGUUGUUUGUUUUGGCAUUCAUUUCACUUUGUUUCACUUCGAACUACGCACGUGCACGAACCGUGUUUACAAGACGUUACAAUUAGCAAUAAUUUAUUUCCAAAUGAAAUGAAAUAUUAAAUUAUUUAUUGAUAAAUUCGGUUUUAAACCGAAAGUUUUAAAUUAACUUUUGUUUUAACAUCGUCAUCAAAAUAAUAAUUAGGAGUGCGUAAUAUUGUACGUGGCAGUGUUUCUUUGUUUAAAUUUUUUAAAUUUAACUUGUAAACAAAGGUUUUGAAAUUAAAAUGUGGGCUCACUUAGAGCGCGGCAGCUCUCCUGUGGAUUGGUGCGAAUCCAACUACUCUAUAUCUCCAGUGAUAGCUGAAUUUGUAAACACCGUCAGCAAUGUUCUAUUUUUCUUGUUCCCGCCGGUCUUAAUUCAUCUGUUCCAAGAGUAUGCUAGAUUUGUGAAUCCUGGCAUCAAUGUCCUGUGGGUGAUGUUGAUGGUGGUCGGACUCAGCUCCGCAUACUUCCACGCAACUUUGAGUCUAGUUGGUCAAUUGCUUGAUGAGCUUGCUAUAUUGUGGCUAUUUAUGGCGGCAUUUACGAUGUUCUUCCCGAAAAGAUACUUUCCUAAGUUCCUGAAUGGAAACAGGAAGAAACUAACAUACUACUCCUGCGUGUUUUCGUUGGUGUCAACAGGGUUCCUCGUCAUGGCUCCGGCCGCCAACGCCUUUGCUCUCAUGAUCAUGGCACUGCCAGCUAUUGGCUUCUUAUAUAAGGAAUUAAGCAGAUCAAAUUGUCCUCGCGUUUACCGUCUAGGGCUGCGUUGCGUGGCUGUGUCUUUGCUAGCUAUGUUCUGUUGGGUGCUCGACCGGCUCUUCUGCGACGCCUGGCUCUCCAUAGACUUCCCAUACAUGCACGGAGUCUGGCACAUUCUCAUCUUCAUCGCUAGCUACACCGCCGUAGUUCUGUGCGCAUACUUUAAUGUCCUAGACGAAAGGCCGGAGCAAAAACCACAGCUCAGAUACUGGCCAAGGAACCACUUCGAGUUUGGAAUUCCGUAUGUCACUGUGAAACACCCUUGUCUUAAAUAUGACAUGGCCAUAUAAGUACGUAUAUGAUAUGAAAUCACUGACGUCUUUAUUAACAAAUUAAGUAUAUAAGUGGAUAUUGUGGAAAAAAUGUAUAGUGCCAAUCUGUGAUGUAGGUUAUAGUAUUAUUUUUUCAACCACUUUUAUUGUUUGUAUUAUAUCGCAAUUUGAAAUUGUAAAGCUUUUAAAUUUGAUAAGGCAAUGUGUUAUUGGAAGUAUAUUUAUUUUUAUGAUUAUUUUGAUUAGUAAUUAGUCAAUUACUUAGUUUAUGAAUAUCAAAUCAAAUGAACGUUUGGGUAUUAGAUAAUGUGAUAUUUUGAAGGAUGAUUGAUUUUGGGAGAAUAGAUUUUAAUGGUUGUGUGAAUUCUGCUACUUAGCAUUUAUAAGGAACUUCGUAUGUACAAAAAAACAUGGAUUUUCAAAAUUAUUACAGAUAUAUCUUAGCUAAUUUAUAUAUAUGUUACGUCUAAACCCCGAAGUGAUCUAGGUGCAGCCGUUCUCAGUUGGUUACACCUGGGUGCUUAUCGUUGGAUAGACCUAGGUUUAGCUGUUAACACCUAUGUAUAACCGCACUUCGGGGUUUAACCGUAAAGUAUAUAUAUAGAAGUAUAAAAGUAAAUGUUUACGAGUACAGUGUUGUCAUUAAUUUAUACCGUUUAUUUUACCGAUAGGAAAAGCAAAUUUUUUACCAGCCUAAGUAGGAAUGGGGUGACUCAUUGCUGAGCCUUCUCCUUUCUAAAAAUGUAUAUUGAGUGCAAUAACCAAAAUAUAUUUAUAAAACGUAUUUUUGUACAAUUAGCUUUUAAAGCAAUCUCGAUGUUUAUACUAAGAUUAUUGUGAUGUGUGAAAAUUUGUGAGAUGUGAAUGAUCAAUAAAGAAUGGGCCACACUUACUGACUCGGAAUCUUUACGCUACCGGCUCAUUUUUUCACGUGAUUAGUAUAUCACUUUUGAGAUUUUAUAUUUGAACGUCAUCCGCUUUGGUAUGUGCCCACUUUCUUAGGUAGGAAGAAGGUAAAAUUGUGUACUUUAUAAAGUCGUCUUGUAUUAGGUUUAUGCUUUAGUUUAUAUGAAUAAUUAGAUUGAGUAAGCCUUACUGGACAAUUUUGAUGUCAGUAUUUAAAGUUGUUAUUUUUAAAUAAUUGGUGUCACUUGUGCAUAAUACUAGCUCCGAUUACAUCUAAAACCACACGUCAGAUUAUAUUGUGGUUUCCACUGAGUUUACAAUCAGGGCACAUGAGGCCAGUUUGUCUUGGCGCAAAAUGUCCUUUUCUUACAAUGUCCUUUUCUCAAACUGUCCUUAAAAUGUAAUAAAAAAAACUGUUUUAAUCAGUUACUUAUCUAAAUAAUCAUUAAAAACACAUAAGGACAUUAUGAGAAAAGGACAUUAUGAGAAAAGGACAUUAUGAGAAAAGGACAUUAUGAGAAAAGGACAUUAUGAGAAAAGGACAUUAUGAGAAAAGGACAUUAUGAGUAAAGGACAUUAUGAGAAAAGGACAUUAUGAGAAAAGGACAUUAUGAGAAAAGGACAUUAUGAUAAAAGGACAUUAUGAGAAAAGGACAUUAUGAGAAAAGGACAUUAUGCGAAAAGGACAUUAUGAGAAAAGGACACUUUGUGCCAAGACAGUAAGUAUUUAAUCUGAUAUAUGGGUCUGUCUGUAUAUUUGUUGUUAUUUGAAUGGCGAUCUUUUAUAAAAUAUAUUUGUAACCACAUAUUUUUGUAUAUCCAGUGUAUGACCUUUAUAGUUAUUGAAUCAAAGGCCAAGUUUUAUUUGAUUUAAAACUCUGCGCGUUUUGAAAACUUCAGUUUGGGAGUGUUAAUGUUGAUGUAUAAAAAUUCGAUGUUUUAAAAAUUAUAUUUCAAAUAAAUUUAUAUGAUAAAAA